GCAUUGUGAUGACGCAAGUGGCGUCGCUCCGGGGAGGGAGUAGGAGUCGGAAGCGGUGGCGGAGGCCGAAGCUGAAGUAGCUGCUGUGGUACCAUGGGGGCCGUGCUGGGGGUCUGUUCGGUGGCUAGCUGGAUUCCAUGUCUGUGCAGCGGUGCCUCAUGUUUGCUGUGUCGAUGUUGUCCAAACAGCAAGAAUUCCACAGUGACCCGUCUUAUCUAUGCCUUCCUCCUUCUUCUCAGUACGCUUGUUGCCUGUAUCAUGCUAGCACCGGGAAUGGAAGAGCAGCUGAAAAAGGUGCCUGGAUUUUGUGAUGAGGGGCUUCAUACCCGGCUACCACACAUGAAUGGCUUUGUCAACUGUGAUGUGCUGGUUGGAUACAGGGCUGUCUAUCGAAUCAGCUUUGCCAUGGCAGUGUUCUUCUUCAUUUUCUCUCUUCUUAUGAUACAAGUGAAAACGAGUAAUGAUCCGAGAGCCUCAGUGCACAAUGGGUUCUGGUUCUUCAAAAUAGCUGCCAUAGUUGGUAUCAUGGUUGGAGCCUUUUACAUUCCUGAAGGGCCUUUCACAAGAGCAUGGUUUAUUAUUGGCAUUCUUGGAGCCUUUUGCUUUAUUCUCAUCCAGCUGGUGCUGCUUGUGGACUUUGCUCACUCCUGGAAUGAGUCCUGGGUUGGGCGAAUGGAGGAAGGAAACUCCAGGUGUUGGUAUGUGGCUUUAUUUUCUUGUGCGAGCUUGAACUACAUCUUGUCGAUAAUUUCUGUUGUGCUCUUCUAUGUAUUCUAUACAAAACCUGAUGGUUGUACUGAGAACAAGUUCUUCAUUAGCUUUAAUAUGAUCCUGUGCAUUGUUAUCUCCAUCGUUUCUAUCCUUCCGAAAGUUCAGGAACAUCAGCCUCGCUCUGGCCUCCUCCAGUCCUCUGUUAUUAGUCUCUACACAAUGUAUCUCACUUGGUCAGCUAUGUCUAAUGAACCUGACAGAAGCUGCAACCCAAGUUUGUUGAACAUCUUCACACAGAUAACUGCACCCACAGUAGCUCCGGCUAAUGCAACUGUCAUACCUGCUACUCCAUCUCCACCAAAGUCCUUGCAGUGGUGGGAUGCACAGAGUAUUGUUGGACUUGGUAUCUUUGUUCUUUGUCUCCUGUAUUCUAGCAUCCGCUCUUCCAGUAACAGCCAGGUGAACAAGCUGACUUUGUCUGGGAGUGAUAGUGUCAUGCUGGAUGAUGCUGUGGGAACUGAUGGUGGGUCUGUGGAAGAUGGAGAAGUUCGUCGGGUCAUGGACAAUGAGAAAGGGGCAGUUCAGUACAACUAUACUUUCUUUCACUUCAUGUUGCUCCUUGCCUCUCUCUAUAUCAUGAUGACACUCACUAACUGGUACAGCCCUGAUGCAGACUUCAAAACUAUGACAAGCAAGUGGCCAGCUGUCUGGGUGAAGAUCACCUCAAGCUGGGUCUGCCUCCUUCUCUAUGUCUGGACCCUAGUGGCUCCUCUUGUCCUUACCAAUCGGGACUUCACUUAAAUGAUUGUGCUUGUCUGGGAUUAUGAAAAUGCCUGAAGUUCCUCUGCUGAAAGCCAAAACGUCAUGUAUUGCUUUGGUUAUUCCUUAAAACUAAGGAAAAUGCAUCUUUUCAUGUUCCAUGCACGUGGAUAGAAACUGCUGGAUUAUGUAAUGCUUGAUGCAGUAUCUAAACUAGAAUAAUUUUGAUACUAUUUUAUUUUAACCUAUAUGUGAGGUUAGUUAUUAGUGCAUUUUGAAAGCUACCACCACUAUGGUGGUAGUGUUACAGCACAGAAGAAAAACACUUGUAUUAUCCAUUAGUUCCAACACAAUAUUGAAGAGAACCAUUAAACACAAAGUAAUGUAUUUUAAAGAACAAGCCGUGUUCAGCAUAACGCACUAAAUGCUUCGGUAUGUGGAAGUGUAAGCCAUACUGCGUAAGUUUCUACAUUCCAUUGUCUAAAGGAGCAUCCUCCUGUUUGUGGGCAGAAACUUAUACAUUCACUGCAAGACCAAAAUCUUACAGAUGUGUAGCUGUUAACUCUAAUUCCUGUUCCCAGAAUAAUACUUUUAGAUUUUAUGGAAACUGUGCUUCUCGAUUUAGUAUAUUUGCCAAAUAUUUUAACUUUGAUUUAACUCUAAACUAAUCAGAUACUUCUGUUGUUUCAAAUUAAAGUUAUGCUGGAAAAACAAGUUUUUUUUAUUAAGUCUCAAUUUGUCUGAGCUUGAAGGAGUUAAUACACAUGAAAUUGUCAAUAUUUGCAUGAUGAAUGCAUUUGAUUAAAAUAUAGAUUAACUUUUCAAAGCAUCUUUCAAACUGUUCCAGGUAGGUGCAGGGAUUGAGGCAGCAAAUUCAUAGUCUCCCACCAUAUUUUGAAUUAAAGGGUAGCUAACACAGCUGCUGAAAUUACAAGUCAUGUGGUAGGAUAUGUAGUACCUAGAAGUUAAUGGCACAAGUGGUGUGUCAUAUGAACGAACAUUGUAAUUAUACCUUCAUUCCAGUCCUCUGAUGCUGAAUCACAUGUUGGAUGGUGAGUCUAUGAUGUUACAAAACACAUAGCAAAGUGGAUUUGGUUAUUUUUUUUUUUACUGUUGACUAUUACAAUUAGAUUACUAACACUAGUUAUUUCACGAGGAGGAGGAAGGUAUCCAAGCUUGCAUCUUAAAUUUUUAGCUUUUUACUGCAUCCUAGUGCAUGUACAAUAUUAAAGUGACAAUUCAGGCCUAAGUGUAUGUUUAAGUUUCUCAGCAUGUCCACUUUCUUGUAAUUUGGCCUGGUCAUGGUGUCAACAAGUAUGUUGUAACAAAGGACACUACAUACAACUGGGUGUGCGCUGGUAAGGAAGAGGAGUGGGAAGAUGGAAAAGCUAGGGUAGCCUUUGUCUGGUCACUAUCUUGUAUCCUACAGCCACUGCUAAAAUACAAUUAUCAAUAAAUUAAAAGGUUAUCUGACUGCU